UUUUUGGGUAAGUGUUUGCGGUUCGUUUCGUUAGCUGAAUCUUAUCUUCUUAAAGAUUCAGCUUCUGUACCUCUUAGGCCGACAAUUGUUUUCUCUCCUUUCUACCAUGGGAUGAUAUUUAGCUAACACUCUUACCAUGUUUUGUACGUUUGUUGUUAGGGGCCUGAUCUUUGUAGCUAAGGAGUGAGGCCGAAUACUCUUUCCAUGCAAGUGGUACCUUCUCUUUUGGUUGAAACCAUAGGAAUACGUGGAUUUUGGGAGCAAGAGGGAUUUUACAAUAGCUCGUUUGGUGCUUGGAUCACGGAAUUUUUGAGGCUACAGUUUCGUUACAGGUAUGUGAACAUUAUCGUUAGAUGUGUGGUAGCAAAAGCUGAAAAGCUGAAAAGUGAGCUGUCGGCACCACACAGGCGUAUGGUCACCCGUGUGGCGAGCCUAGUUUCGAGACAAGGUCAUGUUGUCGACGAAAUCUCUAUGGACAACUCCGUGGGCCGAAACAGUAUUGGGUUAUCGCCCAAUGGGCCUAUAGGCCUCACGCGAAAAAAUUGUACAAAAUAUGGUAAAUUGUGGUCUAGGUUUUGUGAAUUACAUGGCUGAGGCCAUUUUGGGGCUAUGUGGGCCACACGAGAGUAGUGGCCCAAAUGGGCCCAUAAUAUGGGCUAAAAACCCUUUAACAUGGAUUGUCUGAUAUGGUUCCACGGGUCGGUCAAGACGAUUGUGGACCUACUGUAGGUUCGGUAAGUACACUUAGACCCCAUACUGAUGAAAUGACUAUUAUACCCUUAUAAGGUAAAUUGACUGAAAUACCCCUGUAUUAUGUAUGAUUGUUUUGAGCAUGACAUUUCUGCAUAUACGUAUGAUAUUAUGUUGCAUUACAUAGGGUGGGAUAUAUGUUUUGGAGGAAAUAUACUGAAAGGCUAUAAGCCUAUUACUGGCAGCUCUGCCGCAAAUACUGCUUAGUACCGAAUGCGAUACGUUUUGGUGUGUAGGGUUGGGUGGGUCGACUUUGUCCCCACAUGGUGUGUAGGGCUGGUACGGAGUUGGUGUGUAGCAGAUGGAUUGGGUAGGAUUCUUUGUUUGCAUACUGUACUGAUAUGGGCUAAGGCCCAAACUGCUUUUAUCACUGAAAUGGGCUAAGGCCCAGACUGCUACUAUUACUAAAAAGGGGGUUAAUGCUCCUAGCUAAAACUAAAUAGGGUUAAGACCAGUUUGUAUUACUCUGAUUGUUUGUUAUUUUGGGUUUUCACACACCGGGGUUUCAUAAAGUCAUACAUCUGUCAUCUGUGCAAGAAAUCCCUAAGCUUAGACAGAUCAAGGUGACGAAGGACUCAGAGGUGGCUACUCGACCUAGUUAUUUCCUUUAUAUUGGAUUUUUAUAAUGUAAUUAGGCUGCUUUAAUUUUUACUUAAUUUGGGAGAUGUAAUUAUCCUAUUUUUAUAUUACACCUAUUAGUAAUAGGACGCUGAUUUUCGUGAAGAUAUAAACAAA